AUGGAUGGAGGGUUGGAGGGUGGAAGGAUGGAUGGAAGGAGGGGUGGAAGGAUGAAAAGAAGGAGGGAUGGAAGGAUGGAUGGAGAGGUGGAGGGUGGAAGGAUGGAAGGAGGGGUGGAAGGAUGGGUGGAGGGUGGAAGGAUGGAUGGAGGGUUGGAGGGUGGAAGGAUGGAAGGAGGGGUGAGGGUGGAAGGAGGGAUGGAGGGGUGGAGGGUGGAAGGAGGGGUGGAGGGUGGAAGGAUGGAUGGAGGGGUGGAGGGUGGAAGGAUGGAAGGAGGGGGGAAGGAUGGAUGGAGGGGUGGAGGGUGGAAGGAGGGGUGGAGGGUGGAAGGAUGGAUGGAGGGAUGGAAGGAGGGGUGGAGGGUGGAAGGAGAGGUGGAGGGUGGCAGGAUGGAUGGAGGGGUGGAAGGAUGGUGGAGAGGUGAGGGUGGAAGGAUGGAUGGAAGGAGGGAUGGAAGGAUGGAUGGAGAGGUGGAGGGUGGAAGGAGGGGUGGAAGGAUGGUUGGAGGGUGGAAGGAGGGGUGGAUGGGUGGAGGGUAG